GAAGAAGAAGAAUAAUGGAUUUCCCUUUCAACGCCGGCCUAGUCUCUUCUUCCUCGCGUCGCAUUCUCGGGUGAUCGCCGGCUCAAUUUUCAGUCUUUCUUUCUCUCUCUCUGUGCGACUGAUGAGUGUUGUGUACGAGCUUUGACAUUCACAACACACAGAUUAAAGGAGAUCGUGAAAAGGACAAAAAAAAAGGAGGCCAAAAUGAAUGCAAGACAAAUUCGAUUCUCUCUCUCUAAUUCUAUUUGAAAUUUUUGUGAUCCCACAGUUGCUUUUUGUACUGCCGUGCCCUUUCAUCUCUCUCUCACUUCCUUGACCAAUUUACAGUGUAGUUAUUUCGGGAAAAUACCCCGUGUGUGAAUCUCUAUGCAUCUGAUAUGAGUUAUACAUGAGUGUUUGUAUAUAUGCAUGUGUUCUGCAGCUCUAUUUGUGUAAUCCUAGCACAAUUCGGUUGUUUAUCAAUGCUCUUGACAAGAUUCAUUGAUUGAUUGAUCGCAUCGAGGUCGGUCCGAAAUUCCGAAUAGAAGAGUUUUUUUUUUUUUUACUACAAAUCAGUCAAUUUGUUUGUUCGGAUGUGAAUCGUCUAUCUUACGCAGCAGCGUGAUUUGAAAGUUUAGUCAAUUGGGUGAUAACAGAUUCAAUCACAACUAGGUUUUGAUCGACAUUGCGAGAACUGACGAUUACCAUCCGUUGGAUUGUCUGUCCACCAUGUCGAAGGUGGUUUACGAAGGGUGGAUGGUGAGACAUGGUAGAAGGAAGAUCGGGCGAUCGUUUAUUCACAUGAGGUACUUCGUUCUCGAGACUCGACUUCUUGCUUAUUACAAGCGGAAGCCUCAGGGCAAUGUGGUUCCCGUAAAGACCCUGCUUAUUGAUGGGAAUUGUAGGGUUGAGGAUCAAGGCUUAAAGACACAUCACGGACAUAGGCUUUAUGUUUUGUCCGUCUACAACAAGAAAGACAAGCCUCAUCCAAUAAUGGUGAUGGCAGCAUUCAAUGUGCAGGAAGCACAUGCAUGGAAAGAAAAGAUAGAGUUUGUCAUUGAUCAGCACCAAGGAUCACAAGUAGCUUCCAAUGGCAAGAAGUACAUCUCUUUUGAAUAUAAGCCUGGAAUGGAUAAUGGGAGGAAAUCCUCUUCAUCAGAUCAGGAAAGUCAAUUUAGUGCCCCUGAUGAUGAGGAUGACUCUAAUCAUGAUUUGUUAAGGAGGACAACAAUAGGAAAUGGACUUCCUGAGUCAGUACUUGACUGGACAGCACAAGUAGAUUCAGACUUGUCAAAUGAGAAUUCCGAUGAGCAAACAUUCUCUAGAAAACAUUGGCGCCUUCUUCAAUGCCAAAAUGGACUUCGCAUUUUUGAAGAGCUCAUUGAAGUUGAUUUUCUUCCAAAAAGUUAUAGUAGAGCAAUGAAAGCUGUAGGGGUGGUGGAUGCUUCUUGUGAGGAGAUAUUUGAGCUUAUUAUGAGCAUGGAUGCAACACGGUUCGAGUGGGACUGCACAUUCCAGUAUGGUAGCUUGGUUGAAGAUGUAGAUGGACAUACAGCAAUACUGUAUGAGAGAUUACAGCUGGAUUGGUUUCCAAUGUUAGUGUGGCCACGUGACCUCUGUUAUGUACGCUAUUGGCGCCGGAAUGAUGAUGGAAGUUAUGUUGUGUUAUUUCGAUCUAGGGAGCAUGAUAAUUGUGGAACCCAACCAGGGUUUGUCCGAGCUCACAUUGAGAGCGGAGGGUUCAAUAUAUCUCCUCUAAAACCUCGGAAUGGGAGACCGAGGACACAGGUGCAACACCUCAUGCAAAUUGAUCUUAGAGGGUGGGGAGUCGGUUAUAUUUCAUCUUUUCAACAACAUUGCCUCCUCCAAAUGCUAAAUCGUGUUGCUGGACUUCGUGAAUGGUUUUCACAAACAGAUGAAAAGAUUGCUCCUCCGAGAGUCCCAGUAAUGGUCAACAUGUCUUCUGCAUCUGUUGCAUUAAGAAAGAGUCAACCGCAGUCCUCUGUUCACAUUCGUACUUCUUCUUAUGAUGAUACAAACAUAUCGAGUAAAAGUACCAUAAUGGCGUACGAAUAUUCUGACGAGGAAGAUGAAAACCAAGUAUCGGAGCGAGCAGUAUUAGCUUCCAUACACGAGAAUGAAGAAAGGAAACCAGAAGAACCCUCUGGUCAGCUUGAUUUGUCAUGUUUCUCGGGAAAUCUACGACGCAAUGAUCUUGAUAAUGCUCGAAACUGCUGGAGGAUUUCAGAAGGAAACAACUUUAGAGUUCGUAGUAAGAACUUCUGUUAUGACAAAUCCAAGGUUCCUGCUGGUAAGCAUCUAAUGGAUAUAGUUGCUGUCGAUUGGUUUAAAGAUACAAGACGCAUGGAUCAUGUUGCAAGGCGUCGUGGUUGUGCAGCCCAGAUUGCAUCAGAAAAAGGGUAUUUCUCCAUAGUCAUAAACGUGCAAGUACCCGGUUCGACACAUUAUAGUAUGGUUUUCUAUUUCGUAACCAAGGAGCUAGUACCCGGAACUCUCUUGCAACAGUUUGUUGAUGGUGACGAUGAAUUUCGUAACAGUAGACUAAAGUUGAUCCCAUCAGUUCCAAAGGGUUCUUGGAUUGUUCGCCAAAGUGUCGGAAGCACUCCUUGCUUAUUGGGAAAAGCAGUGGAUUGCAAUUAUAUCCGUGGCCCAAAAUACUUGGAAGUUGACGUGGACAUUGGAUCGUCAACCGUCGCCAAUGGAGUUCUAGGGCUUGUUAUCGGGGUUAUUACUUCACUGGUGGUUGACAUGGCUUUUCUUAUACAGGCAAAUACCAGGGAUGAAUUGCCAGAGCGGUUGAUAGGUGCUGUUCGAAUGUCACACAUAGAGUUGUCAUCUGCCAUAGUUCCAAAUCUUGAACAAGAAACAUCCAACACUUCUUAAUAUUUGCUAAUUAUAUUGGUUGAAAUGGCAUUUGGUCGAGUCAUGUUUCAUCCAUUAUGAAGACUUGACCGAACACAUUUCUUUUUCUUUAAUUUGACGAACACAACAAGUUUCGGAAGGGGGAGAUAUUGACUCCGGUGGUUUUUUCCGAAUUUCUUGAGAUUUCUGACCACACAAAAUUGUUGAUCGAUGUAUAUUUAUAGAUCGAUUGUGCCUAUUUGAAACCAACAAAUUGUUUUUUUCUUUCUAUUUUUCAUCUGGAUA